AUGGGGCUCCCGCGCGGGUCGUUCUUCUGGCUGCUGCUCCUGCUCACGGCUGCCUGCUCGGGGCUCCUCUUUGCCCUGUACCUCGGCGUGCAGCGGUACCCGGGGCCAGCGGCCGGAGCCAGGGACACCACAUCAUUUGAAGCAUUCUUUCAAUCCAAGGCAUCGACUUCUUGGACAGGAAAGGGCCAGGCCUGCCGACACCUGCUUCACCUGGCCAUUCAGCGGCACCCCCACUUCCGUGGCCUGUUCAAUCUCUCCAUUCCAGUGCUGCUGUGGGGGGACCUCUUCACCCCAGCGCUCUGGGACCGCCUGAGCCAACACAAAGCCCCGUAUGGCUGGCGGGGGCUCUCUCACCAAGUCAUCGCCUCCACCCUGAGCCUUCUGAACGGCUCAGAGAGUGCCAAGCUGUUUGCCCCGCCCAGGGACACCCCUCCAAAGUGUAUCCGGUGUGCCGUGGUGGGCAACGGAGGCAUUCUGAAUGGGUCCCGCCAGGGUCCCAACAUCGAUGCCCAUGACUAUGUAUUCAGACUCAAUGGAGCUGUGAUCAAAGGCUUCGAGCGCGAUGUGGGCACCAAGACUUCCUUCUACGGUUUCACUGUGAACACGAUGAAGAACUCCCUCGUCUCCUACUGGAACCUGGGCUUUACCUCCGUGCCACAAGGACAGGACCUGCAGUAUAUCUUCAUCCCCUCAGACAUCCGCGACUAUGUGAUGCUGAGAUCGGCCAUUCUGGGCGUGCCUGUCCCUGAGGGCCUAGAUAAAGGGGACAGGCCGCACACCUAUUUUGGACCAGAAGCCUCUGCCAGUAAAUUCAAGCUGCUACACCCGGACUUCAUCAGCUACCUGACAGAAAGGUUCUUGAAAUCAAAGUUGAUUAACACAAAUUUUGGAGACCUAUAUAUGCCUAGUACCGGGGCUCUCAUGCUGCUGACAGCUUUGCAUACCUGUGACCAGGUCAGUGCCUAUGGAUUCAUCACAAGCAACUACUGGAAAUUUUCCGACCACUAUUUCGAACGAAAAAUGAAGCCACUGAUAUUUUAUGCAAACCACGAUCUGUCCCUGGAAGCUGCCCUGUGGAGGGACCUGCACAAGGCCGGCAUCCUUCAGCUGUACCAGCGCUGA